AUGCACAAAAUUUAUGAAUGUGUCAAAGACUUUGGUGCUAAAUCUGGUUUAGAGGCAAAUCCUUCUAAAUGCUCUAUUUUUUAUGGUGGAGUUGAUGAAUCUACAAAGGAUACUAUCAGAAACUGUUUGGGUUUUCCUGAGGGGAAUUUUCCUAUCAGAUAUCUUGGUUUGCCACUUAUAUCCAAAAGAAUGUCAUACAUGGAUUGUAGCUCUCUCUUUGUGAAAAUAUCAGGCCAGUUUCAGACAUGGUUACACAGGAAGCUGUCAUAUGCUGGUAGGCUGCAAGUAAUUAAAAGUGUUAUUCUGGGUAUUCAGAUAUUCUGGAUUUCCUGCUACAUUCUUCCAAUCAAAGUCCUUCGUCAAAUUGACGUACUCUGUAGAAAUUUCCUAUGGGGUAAAUCUGAUCAGGCUUUCAAAAUUUCCCUUGUGAACUGGACAAAUGUGUGCACUGAUAAAAAGCUUGGGGGACUGGGGAUCUUCUCUGCAACUCAAUGGAGUAUUGCAACUGCGUUGAGGGCUAUUUGGCACAUUCAUAUGAAUAAGGAAUCUCUGUGGAUUAAGUGGAUUCAUGAAAAUUAUCUGAAAAACAGAGAUAUUUGGCAUAUAUCUGCUAAGUCUAGUGAUUCAUGGAUGUGGAGACAGUUGUUAAAAGUUCAUCUCUCUGAUCUAUACACUGCUCUGUCCUCAACUGCAGCAAAAGCUGAUUGCUUCUCAAACAGAAUUUGGAAUAGUAUUAUGGAUUGGUUGCAGUUUAAAUGGAGAUCAGCAGAUUGGCAUAGGCUUUUGGAUUGGUACAUUUCCAGGUUGAGAGGGAAAGGCACCACACAAAGAAUCAAGAGAUUGGCUUUUUCGGUUGCAAUUUACAAUAUUUGGAGUGAAAGAAAUGACAGAAUCUUCAAGGGAAAAGUCAGGUAUAUUGAUCAGCUGAUUAGGAAAAUUAAAGUAGAUAUAUUGACUAUAUCUCUCAAUUAUCCACUACCUGCUGAAGACAAACAGUGGCUCCUCUCACUGUAG